AUGGCGCCCUCUAUUCACCCCUCCAUCGACAGCGGCCUCGUCAAGGGCGCCGAAAACUUCCAGGGCGGCACCAUCCGGUGCCACUGCGCCAGCAACCCCGUCGAGCCUCUUCUCCGUCAUCGCCGUCAUCCCCGCGACAACGUCGAGGUCACCGCCAACGCCGCCAAGCUCCACGUCGUCGACGCCAACGCCGCCAUCCUCCGCAACGCCUGCAAGGAGUGCGGCGUCCACCUGUUUGGCCGCAUCGAGAAGGAGCACCCCUUCAAGGGCCUCGACUUUGUCCACGUCGAGCUCUCCAGCGAAAAGGGCUGGCAGGAGCCCCAGUUCGCCGCCUUUGUCUCCUCCAUUAUCGAGCAGGGCUUCCACCCCAAGGGCAUCGACGAGGUCCGCGCCAAGCUUGAGUCCGUUGGUCUCAAGACUUACGAUAGCCUUUCCCCGCCUUUGAUGGAUGCUAUUGCCACCUGGACUGCCCAGAAGAGCGGUGCUUUGCCCGCUCAGCUUUAA